CACGUGAUCACAAAGUACAAAUUUCCGGUUUCAUUUGCGUCAGUAACAACGGCAGGUUGCCAAGCGCAUAUUUAGAAAGUGAAAACGGUUUGUUAGAUCUAUUGAAUGGAUAAAAGCAAGUCAACAAUGCAAAGCUUUUAAGACGAUGGCUACAGGAUUUGUUGAGCAAGCCCAAAUGGCUCAAGACUCGCACCGAGCGAGGAGAACAGAGGCCAUGCCAAAAUCUUCCCUGUUUGGGAGUAUAUUGGAAAUGCAAACAGAGGAAGGUAUGAAGUCAGCACGUGAACUCGAUCUGCACUCGGUAAAAUUGCCAAAAACACCAACAGGUAAAGGUGCCGGACAGAAAUUCAGACUGCCCGAUGAUGUCAAGAAACAGCUUCCAGGUGCAAGUGUUCUUGAAAAGUCCAGGCGUGAAUACGAAGCUCAGAAAAGCCUUUUAACCAACCAUACAAGCGAACUGAGGAAAAGAGAGGAAGAAAGCCUAUAUAAUAUUUCCAAAAGCAGAGAGCCGUUGUCUAGCGAAAACAAUCCGGGCACGCCACGACAGCAGUGGUUCUCUGAGAAGGAUAUUCAAGGGUCAAAGGAUAUAAACAUUGUUGGCUUAAAUACGAACCAAAGUUUCAACAGAGAUAAAUACGGGAAGAAACCGCCUAUUCAUAACUACAGUUAUAUCGGGGAUAUUCUAAGACCAGGUAUGGAUUUUCCACGUCGAGAAAGAACAGAAGUUCAAAUGAGAAAUCUAGGGUAUGGAACUGGAGAUAUGAACGGUAUUUUAGCAUCUGUGGCUGCAUAUACUCCAUCAAGGGGCGUUGGCAGCGCUCGGUCUGCCAAGAAAGCAACAAUAGACAUUCCACCAAAUAUAAAACAUCAAUAUGGUUCACGAGUCUGUGACAAACUUUUAUCAGACAGGGAUGUUGUUGAGAAGACUCAAAGGAGUCAGAAGGAAUUAAAUGAAAGUAUUCAAAGAAAGAGCAAACCGUCCGUAGUUCCAGCUUUCUCCAAAGAGUUGAACCCGGAUUAUGAAAUGUUAAGUAAUUCUAUGCGUAUGAAUGUGACGCCAGGGUAUACGAUGAAUCACAAGAUUAGCACCACGAAGACAGCGUUCAAUGACCAGGUGCAUCUGUUCAGAAACCCAGAUCCAGACAAGUGGAGAUAUCAGAAAGAUGAACUCAGCAAAUGGCGGGAAUGCAUAUUUCUACAGAAAACGCUGGCAAAGGGACUGGACAAUAUUUUUGAAAACGCACCAAAAUUUCAGCGUAACUGGGACGAUGUACCACGUGACAGAACUAAAACAGCACCCGCGCCUACAACAAGAGAAAGAAGACCUCAACCAAGACCUAAACCAAAAACGGCUCCAAAGAAAGAUCAACCAAAGUCACAAACGCCUUUAGAAGACUUUAUAUUUGAGACCCCACCAGUAACUCCCCCACCAGAGAAGAUACAAGUUAGGGGGGACAAAGGCAAUACCAAGGAUACAGAAUUUUGGAAUUUUUAUGAUAAAGGUGAUAAGUAAAUAAAUCAUGUUUCAGUUUUAUAGCAAACAUUUGCUCACUGCACUUCUUCAUUAAAAUAUGCGCACAUAUUUUGCUUGAAGCUAGUCAGCAAAUUGCAUAAAGAAAAAGUGAAAAAUAAAACUGAUUAUGUUACAAGUGCAAUAAGCAUUAGCUAGGUUCUAAUUACAUGUGCACUCACAGAAACUCUAGGAAACUUCUUUCUGUAAAACCGUGUUCUGAUCCUAGUUUCUGCCAAUGCAGCCAGUAACUGUUGUUUUUAAAUAUGUGCUCAAGUAUAGUGAUUUCAUGUUAAAAAAAGUACUUUAUUUUAUACCCUUUAUAUAAUAACACAGCAUGGUGGAAGGCAAAAUAUGUCUUUUUGGUAAAAAUGGAAGGUGACCAAUGCGAAUACUAAAUACAAGAAGUGUAAACAAAAUAUUCUAGUCUUCAUUAAAUUAAAGAUUUUUGUGCUGCCACAUAAUUUAAUGGUGCUGAAUGAAUCAUCUGCUGAUUAACAAGAUUUUUUUUAAAUACAUUUGAAAUAAAUUUCAGAAUUAUAGUUAUUAUUAUCCAAAAAGCUAUACAAGUGUUAAAUUUAUAUACUAUUGUGCCUUAUAUUUUGACUUAUUUUUAUACAGGCAUACUACUUGUAGUGAUUUUUUGUACAUGUUGUAUAUUUAAAGACUAAAACAACAUAAUUGUAUCAAAACAAGAAACUUGUAACUGACAUUUAAUGUAUAAUACACAUGUACGUUAUUAUUAUGAUUAUGUACAUUUUAUGUUUAUACCAAAUUCUAUCUACAGUAUUAUAUUUAUAUGCAUUUUAUGUAUCACAAAUGUCAACAUGUUCAAAUGUUUUAUGAUUAAUUCUAUGUGUUUUCUCAAAUAUUAACUAUAUAUCAAUAUUGUCAAGAUUUUUAAAUUUAUUUUUUUAUCCAUUCUAUAUUCUCCUAUCCUUUACCUAUUUUUAAUGUAGCUUAUUUGUUAUACAAAUAUUUAUUUACUUGUUUGUGAUAAUAAAAAUCAUGAUUUAGA